GACUAUAAAUGAACUGAGCAUAGUGGCCAUAACAUCAUAGUAAUCUUUGAGUCUUCAACGAUCUACAACGUCUUCAAUAUGAAAUUCGCCAUCGUCUUCGCCGCCCUCUUCGCCGUCGCCCUGGCCGCCCCCGCUCCCGAUGCUCAAGCCCAGGUCCUCCGCCUGGAGUCCGACGUCCAGCCCGAGGGCUAUAACUUUGCCUUGGAGACCAGUGAUGGCAAGAAGCACGAGGAGCAGGGUGCGCUGAAGAACGCGGGCACCGAGCAGGAGGCCAUCGUGGUGCGCGGCUCCUUCUCCUUUGUGGCCGAUGAUGGCCAGACCUACACCGUCAACUACAUCGCCGACGAGAACGGAUUCCAGCCCCAGGGUGCCCAUCUGCCAGUGGCCCCGCUUGCUUAAGAUGUUUCCCCAAAUCAAUCGAAGAGUUGUAAAUAAAUCAUAAUGUUCACUAUA